UUUCCUCAUAAUCGCAACCCAUACCGGCAAGGACCACAGUGGGUUCAUCUCCCCGAGAUCCGAUUACGGUGGCUGCUACCGUACACCGCUGAUAAUGGAUCGGUAACGCCACUAGGAUAUGGGGGAGAGUUCGAGCAAUAAGCGGCUUCCACUGCCAGAGGACGCCAGCAUCCUCACCGAGGACCUCGUCAUCGAGAUCCUCUCCCGGCUACCCUAUAGCUCGCUCUGCCGCUUCAAGUGUGUGUCCAAAUCUUGGCUAGUCCUCUGCUCCGACCCUGAAAUCCGUAAGAAGUCUACCCAGACACUGUCCGGGUUCUUUUACAUGAGCAUAUCACCCACAUACACUCGCCAGUUCACUAAUUUGUCUGGGAGGGGCCAGCCGAUGGUUGAGCCAUCUUUCCCCAUCUUGCCCAACCUUCCAGAAGUCAGAUUCGUGGACUGCAGCAAUGGUCUCCUGUUGUGCCUCGACAUCAUCUCUCCUUCACCAGGUCAGAAUAUAUUGGAGAUGGAAAUCUAUUAUAUUGUGUGCAAUCCCGCAACACAUGAGUGGGUCAUGUUGCCAAAUAUAAUAGAAAGGCGUGGAAUCUACAACAGGCGUUUGGGAUUCGACCCCACCGUGUCCCCCCACUUCACCGUGUUUCUGAUCGUCUGCAAAGAUUAUUAUCAUAAUGAUCCGGUCAUAGGAGUUGAGAUAUACUCGUCGGAGACCGGAGUGUGGACCUACAAGGAGAGCGAGUGGGAUAAUGGCACUGUGGUGGGUAAUACUUCCAAAAGUGUAUUCUUCGAUGGAGUUAUGCACUUCACCACUUCUGGUUCAUCGCUGGUCACGGUGGACAAGGAAGGGAAGACCUGGAGGAAAAUCCCUACACCGUACCAAACACUCCACACUUACAUCGGGGUUUCUCAGGGGCACUUGUAUUCCGCGUGUUAGAUGUAUAUAUCUGUAUUUUGUAGUUUCCUCAUAUGUUAGGGGGCUUUCUGCAUAUGUGCACCUGUACAUGUACUAUAUAUUGUGGCCUUUGACCCCCUGGUAAUACAACAAGCAUAUUGCCCUAACAUGGU